GCAGCCUUUUUGUCCCAGUUACAACCCAGAAAUAGCAACAAUCAUAUCGAUAUAGCCAUGGCCAGCUACAGAAACACCCCCCUGUACGGCGGAGCGAUCACCUGCGACCUGCCAAAGCACUUCGCAGACGUAAGCAAGCUGAGACAGGUUCCCGACAACCAGGAGGUAUGGAUCGAUAAAGAUGGAUUCACAAGCAUCAUCUUUGAUAUCUCAGAGCGCGUUGGCGGUCCUGGUUCGAGCCCCGAGAUCGACGGCCGUGCCAUGACCACACAUCUGGAAGACAUGGUCGGAUCGGAAAUCGAUACAGUGAAGAUCUGGAACACCGCCGAGACUGAAUUCACAAAAAUGAGCGACCUGAAACACCCCUCAUAUACCCUCAUCGCGACACAGACACCCAAACUCCCCUCCAACGGCUUAAACUCGGCACCCGACUUCACAGCCAUCACCAUGACGCUCCUCCGUCUUGAAGAGCAAAAGACUGACAUACUCAUCACCAUCAACGUCCCCCACAUUAAAGGCGAGUACGAUGCCGAAGAGGUCGACCUGGAGCUGGGCAAGCAGGGCAAGCUCAUCGGCGACGCAGUGGAGAUUGCAGCACGCAUUUGGGAAACCUUUGUGAUUAAGGACUGGGAUCUCUUCCACGGAGCUUGAAGCGUUUAAUGAAAAUGUAAAUGAAUAGUAUACCAAAGAUAUGCAUAGGCUUGACAGACAAGGCCGCCAUGUGCAUCUAUCUACUUAUAUGCUUGUUUUUUCUUGAAAAAUAAGUAAGCGCUGUCAUUAUAGUUUUAGACCUAUCUAUCAACGUUUGCAAAUUUAUAUACGCGGAGCGUUCAUAGGAAUAUACAAUCAUCAGCAGAAGCAAUUUUCCUAUACCAAUAAUACCGCUGC